ACCCACCCUUCCUCCUCUUUACUGCUUUUACACACGCUCUCCCAAGUUUCAAGAAGCCGACUCCCACUUGCUGUGGUCCUCCUCUGGCCUUGAGCCAUGGAUGAGUUGUAGAGGGAGCUGCAACAGCCAAGAGAUGGAUUCAAGCUCUCUCAAGCCCUCCGGGGCCUCAAGCAGCUCUGGGGACGCUCUCAGUGGCCUCACGUUUGGGCAAAAGAUUUACUUUGAGGAUGGUGGCGGUGGAGGUAGCGGGAGCUCCUCCAAGCCACGGCUGGCUCCGGCCAAGGCAAUGGCGGCGCUCCCUCCGUCUAGGAAAGGUAAGGCGGCGGCGCAGCCUCAGCCACCAAGGUGCCAGGUGGAGGGGUGCAAUGCCGAUCUGACCGGGGCUAAGACUUAUUACUGUAGGCAUAAAGUUUGUGGGAUGCAUUCCAAGGCUCCCAAGGUGAUCGUUGCAGGCUUGGAGCAGAGGUUCUGUCAGCAGUGUAGCAGGUUUCAUCAGCUAUCUGAAUUUGACCAAGGGAAGCGCAGCUGCCGCAGACGCCUUGCAGGACAUAAUGAGCGCCGGAGGAAGCCACCUCUUGGGCCUUUUGCGUCGCGCUAUAGCCGUCUUGCAUCAUCUGUGCAGGAACCUGGGAGAUUCAGAAGCUUUAUGGUGGAUUUCAGCUAUCCAAGCUUUUCAAGCACUGCGAGGACUGGGCCGACUGGCCUGGUGGCCGCCAACGAGUGGCGCGGAGUCGAUGCUCCGCCCCUCGCACCCGCUCUGCAUGACACGCAUCCAUGCUUCCAAGGAUCUCAUUCUCCUUCAGGCGCGUUCAGCAUUCCCAUGGAAAUUCUGCCUGGCGAUUGCCUUACAGGAGUCUCAGACUCCAGCUGUGCUCUCUCUCUUCUGUCAACUCACACAUGGAAUAGAACCUCCAUCAACAAUCCUCCUCCAGCAGUGCCUGCAAGCAGCAACUUUGCCGGUUCCCCGGUGUCUCAUUCAGUCAUCGUCAGCAAUCGCCCGGCCAGCUCAUGGGGGUUCAGAGGCCAAGGAGAUUGGACCACUUCGCACGAGAUGCAGCAUGAAAUGGGAUUAGCAGGAGCAACUGGUUCUAGCAAUGCUCAUUUCUCCAGUCAGCUGGAGUUUGGCUUGCACGAAAACGAUCAGUGCCUCGACCAUGGUUCCAGCAGGGCGUAUGAACAGUCAGGCCCAAGCACGCAUUGGUCUCUUUAGAAUGUGACCGUGCCAUGGCUUGCUUAAAUGAACCAUGAACCAUUAAUUGCUUGAAGGCUCGAAAUUAUGCGUGCAGCCAAACUUCCAUGAACCAUUAAGUGCUUCAUUUCCAAAGUUGGAUCUUUAUGUUGCUUUAAAGGAGCAGUAAUAUUGUGCUGAUGCUAAUUUUGUUUAAAAAUUAGCGUUAAAAACUUGGGUGAUGAUGUUCUCAGUUU